ACACUUUCACAGGGACCAGAGCCAAAGCCAGGAGAUUUGAUAGAAUUUUAUCGCACAGGCUAUCGGCAUUGGGGUGUAUAUGUUGGAGAUGGAUAUGUUAUACAUUUAACAGGUGAGGAUACAUAUCGAGCGGGCUGCUCCAUUGCGUCUCCUGCACUUGAAGGAACAGCUGUGGUGAAAAAGGAAUGUUUGAAGAAUGUCGCCCGUGGAUGCAAGUAUAGAGUGAAUAACAAGUAUGACAGCAAAUUCUCCCCUUAUCCAGCUGGAAAAAUUGUUAGAGCGGCAUUAAAAGAAGAAGGGAAAACAAUGGCAUAUUCCCUCGAAAGCCAACUGUGA